CCAUACCAAUAACUAUUAGAUCCAUUGAUGCCAUGUCAAAUAAGGUUCACAAGUUAAGGGAUAAUCAGUUGCAAUCUGAACUUACUAAACUCAUUCAAGGGAUGAUAAGAAUGUGGAAAGUCAUGUUAGCAUGUCACCAAAAGCAGCUCCAAGCUAUUUCGGAGGGUAAAAUUCUGGAUGUGAUGCCGAGGUUUAGCUCAAGCGACUGUGCAAUGGGUGCAAUAAUGCAACUAGAACGUGGGGCUUCAAGUUGGUGUUCCAGUCUUGUCAAGCGGAUGAAUGCUCAGAGGGCAUAUGUUAAAACCUUGAAUGAUUGGUUAAGAAAAUGCAUAGAUGAAAAACCUGAAGUGACAGCAGAUGGAGUUGCCCCUUUUUCACCAGGCAGAGUAGGUGCGCCACCAGUAUUUGUGAUUUGCAAUGAUUGGUAUCAAUUGAUGAAAGACGUUUCUGAGAACCAAGUGAUAGAAGCUGUCAAUGCCUUCGUUGCAAACAUACAUAAACUUUGGGAGCAGCUUGAUGAGGAGAAGCGAAAAAGUCGGGAGAUCCAGUACCUCUCAAAGGACCUAGACAAAAGAGCAAGGUUAUUGCACGAGGAAAGUAGGAUUCCUAAUGCCCAAGGUCUGCCAGAAAAGUUGAUCAUUUCACUUACAAAAGAGGAUGAAACUUCCUUGUAGUAUAGAAGGACGGAACUUGAUGCAAUGAAAAAAAGGUUGGAGGAAGAGGAACUCAAGCAUGCAGAGCUGGUCCGGCAAGUUCAAUCUGGUGCUUGUACUAUUUUAAAAAUUGGCUUGGUGAAGAUUUUUGAAGCAAUGGUCAAUUUCGCUUCUUCAGUCAUCAAGGUUUAUGAGCAUAUCAGAAUCCCAACUAGCGCUGAUGCUUAGCUAUUCAUGGUUAUCGCUGUGGUGUCUUAAAAAUUACCUUGGUGAAGAUCUUUGAAGCAAUGGUCAAUUUCGCUUCUUCGGUCAUCAAGGAGCAGAUCAGAAGCAGUGAUGCGUAGCCGUAGAUGGUUAUCACUGUAGCAUGGCCUCUGUUGAGCAGGUUGAUCAGGUUGAUGGUGCCCGUUUUUGGGGAGCAAGGUUGUUGGAGGAUGGCUGGCCCUUUUAGGUUGAGAUGUUGCCUAUGAGAGAUUCAGUGCACAUAUUCAAUGUCACACCCCGACCUUUUGACACUCAAACAUUUUUUUUUCUAAACAUAAAAC